GCUAUCUCGAUUAGCACGAUCACAAACCACAGUGGAAUCGUGGUGUUGCCACUGUCAACAAGCUCUAGAGGCCACAGACAACAGACUGAUUCCACACAUGGUGUGAAAACACUCCAUCAAAUAGGAUGGUCGAUUGUAAAAACUCAACUGUCCACUGAAAACACUCUUGACUGCUUUUAGUUUAAACUGUUGCACCAAUGGAUGGGGAACCCCUACAGCCUCCCGGGAACCAGCCUGUGGAAAAAGAUGCGAGACAAAGCCGAGAGAAGACUAACGAAGUAGAGGAUGCACAUGAACAUGACGCACCUGGAAGCCCCAUGCCAGAUCAUGUAGGAGAAGCUCAAGGAGAGGAGAGUCAGACUGAGGAAGAAAAGGCCCCUGUUGGCUGUCCUCCCACUGACUGGUUGGAGCCGCUCGAAGAUGAUGGUGAUGAUGAUGAAGAAAGUGUAGCAGGGGAAAGUGAAAAGAGUCAUAGUGCAAGAGGCAGUGAGAAUGCGCAAAAAACAGUAGAUAGGCUUGUCCGACCUCGACGCAAGCGUACACAUCCCGAUGAGGGAUGGUUUGACUUCCCUGGUCUUGGAGAGGGUUGGAAACGCAAAGAGGUUAUUCGGCAAUCUGGUUCUAGUGUUGGCCAAAUGGAUGUCUAUUACCUCAGUCCUCAAGGUUAUCGGGUGAGAAGCAGAGUAGAGCUGAUGACAUGCCUUGUCGGAGUCCAUGACAUAUCAAAUUUUGACUACAAGUCAGGGAAGUUCUAUAAUGGCGAAGUACCAAAACCUCGAGGCAGAAGGAAGAGGAAGGUGCGGGAGCGUUCCUCCUCUGAGUCCAGCUGGAUGGAGAGAGGAGAGGGGGCAGACACUCCGGACUCCCACCCUAAGCGCCCCCCCAACCAUUGGACCAAAUCCUUCCUCUCUAAUGACACCCCUUGCCAAAAUGCGAGCAGUGAAAGUGUUGUACCCAGUAUUAAAAUAAAAUUUCGCCUGCCGUCAUCAUCCAAGGCACACCUCUCCAUAAAAGGACAACCUGGCCCAGAUGAUAAAACAUUAUUGUGCUCCAAAUGUGGUAUGCCCUUCAUUGGCACGUGGUACGACAGACAAAGAAAGAGACCUUCCUGUCCUUCAUGUUGGGCUUCAAAGACAAUUGAACACCCACUGAUUCGUUUACGUAAGUGGAUUCCAUGUGGGCAGUGUGUGGGUUGUCAUAUGACGGUAAACUGUGGCCAGUGUGCCAACUGCAAAAGUCCUGAGAACCGAAAACGCAUAUGCAGAAUGCGCAAAUGUCUCUGUCCAAUUCGCAAAAGUUCUGAAACAGAAAGUAUCAUACCGAAGAUGCCAGAAAACGACAUUUCUGAAUUACUGGACGACAACAUGAGUUUGCAGGAGGAACCUACAGAGUCACAGCAACAGGAUCUAAAAAGCAGUGAAACAGAGAACAUUUCUUCCAACAUGGACUUUGAGGAUGAUGAUGACUACUCAACGGAUGAUGAUGAUGAUUGGCAUAAGAAGCGGAAGCGACGUGCCUGUGGAGAAUGCAACGCGUGUCUCUGCAGGAAGGACUGCGGCACAUGUGAUUUUUGUGUUGACAAACCCAAGUUUGGUGGCAGCAACAAAAAGAGGCAGAAGUGUCGCCUCCGACAGUGUCAGAGACAGGCAAUGAGGCACUUGCUCCCCUUUGAGAUGUCUCAAGGCGCUUAUAGGUCAGAUGAUCCGUCACUGCCAGGCAGGCCAAGGCCUCACUACACAUACAGUCGAAAGACAAAUUUAAAGAGGAAUAAAUUGCCACCAGGCUGCUGGGACUUAAGUGACGAUGACGACGACUUCCAAGAUAUUAACUGGAGCUCCGAACCUUCGAGAAGUAACGCAAAUGACAUUAACCUGAUGGACCAAUCUAAACAGUUAAAUCGUUCAAUUUUGGAAGAUCAAGAAGUGGCAAAAAGAGGUCAUCAAAACAACAAAAGUUCUCAAGACCAGCAAAAAGAAAGGGAUGAAGAGGAGACACACAUUGACACGGAUUAUCCAAGGCACAUAGAGGAGGAAGAUAAUGACUCUGAGUUGCCUAUGAUCACACAGAUCUUCAGUUUGGCUGAUAAUCCUGUCGAAACAAUGGAGGACGGCGAUACCCAGCUUUUGAACCUGCUCAGUUCUUUGCGUUGCACCUCAUUGCCGAUCCUCUGGUAUGCAGUAAUGGCGAAGGGCCCGCAGAUUCAGCUCGUCCAGUGUUCAAAACAGUCCAACAUGUCCGAUACCAUAGUGCUGAUUGACCCAGGCUUCUUCUAUCAGGUCACUGUGCAAAAGCAACCGCUUUUACCCACCCACUCACUCUAUCGUAAAUUCCCGCAGAAGUUGACCUCUGUGACUGAAGUGGUCAGUCUGCUUUUGGGCCUGGAGAAAUAUGCCCUAUGUCAGGGGCUGCCCCCCAAAGGCCCAUUAUCCAGCCAUGCCCCCAUUACAUUGGAGCGAGCUGCGACAUGUGAGUUCUUGGUGAAGAAAAACAUGGACAUCUGCUUUAACUGCAAAUUGCUUUGUGAAUGAGGAUGUUGAAAUUCACACUGAGAAUAAAAGUGGGACCAAGGCACUGCUGUACCACCAUGUAUUUCUUCGCAGUACGUUGACACGCCGCAAAUUGACCUCUGACCUGGAAAAGUAAAAUUGAAGCAUCACCAAAGGCAUUCCAAGGACAUUAGGAGCAUUUCUUUCCACAGUGUUUUUUUCUUUUUCUUUUGUCACAGUGAAAGGUCCCAUAUUUUGUCAAUUUAGACCUCCAUAUCGUGUCACUCUAACAUGGACUUGGUAUAAAAGUGUCAAUUUAAUUUAAAAAAAAAAAAAAAAAAAAAAAACACCUUGGUUUUAUAAUACUAGUGUCCAGAAAAGGCCCAUCUUCUUCUGUUUGACCCAGUUUUGUAUCUGCUUUGUACAUAUUUGGCAGAGACCGCCCCUUUUCCUCUGAUUGGUUGCCUCCGUGAAGAAGACCCAACCCUCACGACUUGUUAGAGCACACGUGUUUAUAUUGACAGCGUUGGCUCAGGAGCGUAGAGGGUAGGCGGAGAGGUAGGCAGUAGCUUUAGCAGGGAUGCCCAGACUUCCCUCUCCACAGCCACUUCAUCCAGCUCUUCCGGGGGGAUCCCGAGGCGUUCCCAGGCCAGCCGAAGGACGUAGUCUCUCCAGUGUGUCCUAGGUCGUCCCCGGGGUCUCCUCCCGGUUGGACGUGCCCGGAACACCUCACCAGGGAGGCGUCCGGGAGGCAUCCGAAUCAGAUGCCCCAGCCGCCUCAUCUGGCUCCUCUCGAUGUGGAGGAGCAGCGGCUCUACUCUGAGAUCGGGAGCUGGGCUUGGCUGGAUGACCGAGCUUCUCACCCUAUCUCUAAGGGAGAGCCCGGACACCCUGUGGAGAAAACUCAUUUCGGCCGCUUGUAUCCGGCAUCUCGUUCUUUCGUCACGACGCACAGCUCGUGACCAUAGGUGAGGGUUAGCUCCUCCUUUACCACAACGUAUCGAUACAAAGUCCGCAUCACUGCAGACGCUGCACCGAUCCGCCUGUCGAGAUCUCCCGUUCCAUUCUUCCCUCACUCGUGAACAAGACCCCAAGAUACUUGAACUCCUCCACUUGGGGCAGGAUCUCAUCCUCAACCUGGAGAGGGCAUGGCACCCUUUUCCGACUGAGGACCAUGGUCUCAGAUCAUUUUUUUUCAUUAUAGGGGUCUUUUACCCAUGCUUUGUCUGGUCCCUCACCUGGGACCUGUUUGCCAUGGGUGACCCUACCAGGGGCAUGAAGCCCCAGACAACUUAGCUCCUAGGAUCACUGGGACACACAAACCCCUCCACCACGAUAAGGUGACGGCUUCCAGGAGGGGCUUGAGAAAUUCGAAUGACUUAAUGUCAGGCCUCUCGGCAGAAAAAUGUCUAGAACUCAGGAAUGCGUGGAUGAUUUUAAUUUAUAUUUCACAUGUUUAUUGAGGUACCAUCAAGCCAAUAUAACAUCCCAAAUACUAGAAAAAAUUGUUUUGGUAAAAUAUGGGACCUUUAUAGAAUGAUGGGUGUAGGCAAAUGCUCUCAGACCUGUAGUUUGGUUAGUGGUUUAUUUGAGGAAUCAGUACAUGAUGCAUACUAAUGUGCUUCUCAUCUUUUACCUCAUGCUGCCUGUCUUGGCCAAAUUGAACCCUCAACAGUCGUGACCUCUCUCAUACUUUUAUCUCAUGUUUGUUGUGCCCACUGCCCUAUUUUCCUAAUGGCCAGCAUAAUGGUUUGAUAAUCAAUAAAUCCAGCAACGUCACAUGUCCCGCAUUCGACCAUUUACCCCUUGUAACUCCCUUU